CUGCCCAUCCGCUCCCACGUUGUUUCGGAUAUAUCGCCGCCUUCAAUCGGCGUUCUAGGGUUUCUUCUUCCCGCUCCUGGGGUUUUGGAUCCUCUAGGGUUCCGUUUGUCCCCAUCCUAGGGUUAAGGUUCCGAUUCUCCUUCUUCUUCCUUCUCCGAAGAUUCUCCAGUGGCAUGGUUAUUAGCCCGCCCGAGCUUUAAAUGGCGGUCGCGGGCUUCGGGGCCGUCUCCAGGGCCCCCUCCUCCUUCCGCGCUCCCCUCUUCCUCUCUUUCCGCCGUGCCCCCUGCCGGAGCUUGGCCACCGCCCUCGACACCCUGGCCGAGCCCGACUGGCUCGCCAACGAUGGACAUCCUCCCCCGACCUCCGCUCAGUCUUCUUCCCGGCCUCCUUCUCCUAAUGAAAGAGGUUGGGAGGGUGUGAAAGGGCCGGAAUGGAGGAAAAUGAGUUCCAAGGAGCUCGGAAUUAAGACUUCGAUGAUACGAAAGCCGACUAGAUCGGUUCUGAAUACGCUUAGAAAGAAAGGGUAUGAGGUAUACCUGGUGGGAGGUUGUGUGAGAGAUCUCAUUAUGAAGAGAACUCCAAAGGAUUUUGACAUUAUAACAUCAGCGGAGCUUAAAGAGGUUCAGAAGACAUUUUCAAGAUGUAAUAUAGUUGGAAAACGGUUUCCCAUCUGCCAUGUGUAUUGCAAUAACUCCAUUGUGGAGGUUUCAAGUUUUAGCACCCUUGGAAGAAAGCCAAACAAUGAUCUGACUUAUUCUUCCAGAAGACCUGACUGUGAUGAGCAAGAUUAUAUUCGGUGGAGAAACUGUCUUGGACGAGAUUUCACUAUAAAUGGGUUAAUGUUUAAUCCAUUCUCAAAUUUUGUUUAUGACUACUUGGGUGGCAUGGAAGACCUAAAAAAAGCUAAAGUUCGAACUGUAAAUCGUGCUCACACUUCCUUCCAAGAGGAUUGUGCUCGCAUUCUACGUGCAAUUAGAAUUGCAGCUCGUUUAGGGUUCCGAUUUUCAAAAGAAACAGCAUAUUCUGUGAGAGAUCUUGCUAGCUCAGUAUUGACACUUGACAAGGGAAGAAUUCUAAUGGAAAUGAAUUAUAUGCUUGCAUAUGGUUCAGCUGAAGCUUCUUUAAGGUUGCUUUGGAGAUUUGGGCUCCUGGAACUUCUAUUACCAAUUCAGGCAGCAUAUUUCGUUUCACAAGGAUUUCGAAGGCGAGAUAAACGAUCUAAUAUGUUACUUACUUUGUUCUCCAACUUGGAUAAACUUCUUGCGCCCGACAGGCCAUGCCAUAAGAGCUUAUGGGUUGGGUUGUUAGCAUUUCAUCAAGCGCUGGUGCGUCAACCUCGAGAUCCUUUGGUUGUAGCCAUAUUCACCCUUGCUCUUCAUAAUGGAGGAGAUUUGCCAGAAGCUGUGGAAAUAGCAAGGGCGAUCACCUACCCGAAUGAUGCUAACUUUCCAGAACUGUUGCAGCUGCAAAGAUGGGAUACGGACCACGAAUUAGUUAAAGAGGUUGUGGAUCUUUCUUCUGCAGUCAAUGCUGCACUAAGUUCAAUGACAGAUGAGUAUUUUGUUUCAAAAGCAAUGGCAGGAUACCCUCGAGCCCCAUGUUCCGAUAUGGUUUUUAUCCCUCUGCAAGUAUAUUUGAUGGUUUGCCGAAUGUUUGAGUGUGUUGGACAUGGAGACAAGGACAGUAGGUUCAUUCCGAAGCGAGGUAAGAUAAACUAUCAUGUUCUGGCCCAAGGUGGACUGGCGGAGGUUCGGCAUGUCUUUGCUAGGGUUGUUUUUGAUACUGUCUACCCCCCCAACCUAGAAAACCAGAACUGUGAAAGUCCUGCAUGAAAUAUCAUCUGCAGCAGAUCAGGUAUAGAGAUGAGCAUAGUAUGAUGAAGAUUGCCGUCUGAGUUAGACGGUUGCAUUCUCCACCACAUACAGACUUUGUUGUGCAUCUCUUUUUGAAGUUAAGUCUCUUGACAUUUGCAUUUGCCUGCUGUCUAAUGUGGCUGAUGUCAUGAGCAGAAGUGGUAGCGCACGAGAAAUUGCCUUCAUUGGCCUGGAGUUCUCACAGGUCUCUUUGGCUUUUUUAAGCUUGGGGUAUUAUGACCAUGGUGAUUUCACUCAACAUGUGGUUAGCGAUGGAUACACCAAUGCAACGUUGCCAAAGUGGAUACUGGACCUCUGGUAGAGUGGCAUUUGGGUUUCUAAUAACCACACGCAAGUCUCAGAAGUUGUACCAUACAACAGUAUGUACGUGGCUGUUUUAUUAUUUUAUUCUGUACUGUUGCUUGAGUUAUAUUAAAGAUUAUUGAUGACUUUUCCAGGAUCUAUAUAAAAGGUGGUUAUUGGGGACUAAAAUAUCUUUAGUUUAGUCCAUGUCCCCCUCAUACAUGGUGCUUGUGACAUAUUUACUGCAUUAUUCAUGUGACCUUGAGCCU